AUUGGAAUUGCAGCAAGAGAAAACUUCCAGCAAAAUCUUCUCAGCAACAGUUAUUGCUUCGGGCUGAGGAGUCAAUCAAAGCUGAGGGCAGGAUGUCGGAGCUGAGUGAUGAGGCCAGCGAGUCGGAGCUGCUGAGCCGCAGCCUGUCCAUGUGGCACGGCGUGGGGCCCGUGCUGUGCCACCAGGAGCUGGACGUGCCCCUGGACCUGCACACCGCCUCCUCCGUGGGCCAGUACCAGGUGGUGCAGGAGUGCAUCCAGCGUGGAGACCUGGAUUUGAACCAGAGGAACUGUGGGGGCUGGACCCCACUCAUGUACGCGUCCUACAUCGGCCACGACAACAUCGUGCACCUGCUGCUGGAAGCAGGAGUGAACGUGAACAUCCCCACCCCAGAAGGCCAGACUCCCCUCAUGUUGGCCUCCAGCUGUGGCAAUGAGAGUGUUGCUUACUUCCUUCUGCAGCAAGGGGCAGAACUGGAGAUGAAGGACAUUCAUGGCUGGACUGCCCUGUUCCACUGCACCAGUGCUGGGCACCAGCAGAUGGUCAAGUUCCUACUGGAGAAUGGGGCAAAUGCCAACUGCAAGGAGCCAGUGUAUGGAUACACACCUCUGAUGGAAGCAGCUGCUUCUGGCCAUGAGAUAAUUGUUCAGUACCUUCUUAAUCAUGGAGUGAAGGCAGAUGUCAGGGAUAACACUGGGGCCACGGCACGGACCCUGGCCAUGAAGUAUGGACACACCAAGAUUGUGGGGCUGAUAGAUUUGCACGCAGCCCCAGUGCCCAAGGUCUUCUGCAGAGGUCCAGGCAACUAUGAGGAGCUGAGUUCUUCAGAUGAAUCAUGUUCUGCUCCCCAGAGACAGAGACCUGCUCGUCGGACCAAGGGUCCCAGCAUCCAUGAGGGGCCCCAGGCCUUGGCCAAGAUCACAGCAGUUGGGAUUGGGGGAAGGAAGCAGCCUUGCUAUGAGCAGGUUCCCCCUCAGGGCUAUGUCACCUUCAGCAAUGAUGGCAGCUGUGAGUCAGGUGUCAUCAGGAACAGGGAUGUCACCUCCCCAAUCAACGAGCUGGAUGUGGAGAGCAGCAGCAGCAGGGAGGAUAGCGCUUUGUCCAGCAACAGCUUGGGAACCAUCAGGAGCAGCAGCAGCAGCAGUGAAUGCUUGGUUAGGAUCCCAGGAGUCAGCAGUGAAGGUUCCUUGGAAAGCAAUGAGGACUCUGACCACACCAACAGCCCCCCGAGUCGGAAACAAGCCAAGAGCUUUAAGGGCAAGAGCCGCUACAGCAACAGUGACAGCCACUGCCUGGGGAAGGCUGGGGGCUGCAGCCAGCACCUUCCUGAGCCCCCAGCCUACACAGGGCCCCAGGAUCUGGCAACAUUCCUCGAGGAGAUCGGGUGCCUGAAGUACCUGCAGGUGUUUGAGGAGCAAGACGUGGACCUCCGGAUUUUCCUGACCCUCACAGAGAGCGACCUGAAGGAAAUCGGCAUCACGCUGUUUGGCCCCAAGAGGAAGAUGACGUCGGCCAUCGCGCGCUGGCACAGCAGCGCCCGCCCGCCCAGCGACGCGCUGGAGCUGGCCUACGCCGAUCGGCUGGAGGCAGAGAUGCAGGAACUGGCCAUCCAGCUGCACAAGAGGUGUGAAGAGGUGCAGGUGAUGAAGGGCCAGGUGUGCCAGGAGCAGAAGCUGCGUGCAGUGGCUGAGAGCUGUUUGAUGGAGAGGGAUGAGACCUGGAAUGCCAUCCAGUGCCAGCUCGGAGAGGCUCAGGCCAUCACCAAAGAUGCUGGAGUCCUGCUGGAUCAGAUCAUGAGCUGCCAGGCCGAGCUCUCGUCCCGGCUGGUCCCGGAGCGCGCGGGCGAGGCGGCGCCGGACACGCGGCAGCAGCGCGGCACCGGGGAGAGCCAGCGGCCCGGGGAGCGCCCAGUGCUGGAAGGGUGGCCACCUUCCCUGAAGUCCCUGAGCUUGCCUGAGCUGUCAGCUGUGCUGGAGGAGUGUGUGGGAGAGAUGGGAAAAGCUCUGCAGACUGUGACUCAAAACCUCCAAAGGCUCCAAGCCCUGGGGCAGAGCGGGCAGAGCUGGCCAAAGCCAUAACCAAGCCAGGAGGGGUUUCUGACGUCGGGUGACCGUUCCACCCGGAAGCUGAGUGUGCCUGGGACAGGGAGCACGGGGCCGUGCCGAGGCCACCGCAGCUGGCAGGACAUGGAGGAGGCUGUGGCCACCAGAGCACACAGCUGGGAGCAAGAGGGACAGCAGAGGACAACAACCAGGCCUGACUCAAGGCUCCCAGGAUCUUUGAAAGGUUUAGAUUUGGAGGAGAAGCUCCAAGCCUGGAAGUUUCAUCUGCCUUAAGCUUCCUGCAGCCCUUGUGGUUCAGGUCUGGGUGCUGGUAGAAAGGUGGCAGUUGUACACAGCAAUCAAUUAAUUAUUAUUUUCUGCAUCCCAAGCUCCCCAGGGCUUCUGAAACAUGUCCCUGGCUCCUCCUGUGCCCUGGGGAUUGGCCCAGAGAAUGGAUCUGAGGCCAUAAAAAAGGCAGUUUGUUGUGGUGGGGUGAAGGGAGUGGGGUUUGUGAUGUUUGGCUCUUUGAGCUGCAGUGGAGCUCAAAGUGCAGCUCUGUUCCUACUUGGAAUGUCUGCUCUACUGCCACCCCAGAUCUGGGCUUCAAAGCCUGUUCCUCCAACCAUCCCACUCUGGUUCACUUUGGGUUCUUGCUGUUCUGGGCUGGGUGUGAUCAUGUUGGUGUUUAGGAAUGGCAUUCACUGAAACACUCCCAACUCAUCCAUUCCCCCUCCUCCCCUCCCCUGGGGUGGGAUGGAGAGGAGAACUGGAGGCACAAAAGGUGAAGAUCACUGGUAGAAAUAAAAGCAUUUCACUGAAAACAGCAAUGAGAUAAAGAACAGAAACAGCAACAAUAGUAAUAGCAAAAGUGUAAGGACAGGUCCUGGUCCUGCAAAAAUGAAUCCUGUCCUGGCCAGAAGCAGGACAUCACCAUUACUCCAUCCCCAAGAACUUGGCUUUGUGCCCAGUGCUUUAUUGCAGAGAUCAUUGGUCUGGUUUGCCAGGGCCAAGAUCCCAGCAGUGCAGAUGUUCCCCUGGAAGGACAGGAGAGAGAAGGAAGAGCUGGGACUUUUGAGCUUCCCAUGCCUCUGGCAAGCAGGGGACAGCAGGGCAGCAGAGCAGGGACAGGGAGAACUCUGUGCCCCUGGGACAAAGGUGGGCAAAGGAGCCACAGCCCAGAUGGAGCUCUGUGGUGCCAGGCUUUGCUCCUCAGCACUGCCUGCCUUUGGUGUGCAGGCUUUGUUGGGAAAUACUUUAGUGGGAAAUAGUUGUGCCAGGGUGUUCUUGGGUGGGCAGUGCCAAGGACAAGCAGUGCAGGGAGAGGCUGCCCUGUCCCUGGGAGUGGGUGAGGAGUCUGGUGGCAGGGAUUGGUGUAAAGUGGUUUCCAGUGACUCUGUGUUCCCAUUUAUUCCUGAGUCCUGUAAGUGGGGAAAACACAACAAUCAAAAUCUGAAGUCUGUGAGUGAUGGCCUUGAUGAAUCAGGACCAGUCCCCUUGGGAAGAGGAUGGAACUGUGUGUUCCUUCUGGUGUUUGCACCUUGGGCACAGAUCCCAAAUAUAAAAACUCAUCCAGCUCCAUCUUUUCAGCUGGUCACCCCUUCUGAUGAGCUGCUUGAGUCCCUUUAGGCAGGGGUGACAAGUGGUGUCUGUGCUUCCUGGGGCCAGCCCCUAUCCCAAACCAGGCAGGUAUGGCCCUCAGCUGUGACCCCACAUGCCUGGCAGUGUCCCCCCUCUGGGUGCUGCCUCCUGCCCAGCACAAGGCACUGUUUGUUUUUCCAUCUUGAGCAAAUGCCAUGGAGCACCUGGGCACCCAGUGCCAGCUGCAGGAGCUUCACCCUGCAGAGUCUGGAUGAGGUGGAGGGAGUUCUCCUCAUGCAGCACCCCUGGAAUCUCCUCAGAGGGCAGAGGCUGGGCUGGGGAGAGUGGUCAGGGCUUUGUCCCACAUUCACUGUCACUGGAGGAAGGGGGGGAGUGCCAAGGUCUCUCCUGAGCCUUGGUGCUGCCUCUGGCUGCAGUAGCACAGGCUUGUGAGUGCUGUUUCCCUUGAACUUAAGGCAAAGCCCCCCAAAAAAUCCAAAGGGAAAGGGCCUGGGGGUGCCUGAAGAGCCAAGGAAGGGGAUGGGGGGUGCUGUGCAGAACAGUGGCUGGAAGGUGACUGUAGGGAUUUGGGGCUGGCUUUGCUAAGUCUGAGGCUGGAAUAAAGGGGGCUUGGGGGAUUAACAUGGUCUGUGCAACAGAUUAGAAUGUCUGGGAAAAGGGGGGAGAGUUGGCAGUGUGUGUGUGAAGGAAAAAGGCCCCAAACAGCUGCUGCAGGAGCCCAGGUGUAAAGGCUUCAAGGGUAAGAGAGCACACAAGGGCCCAGCAGGGAGGGGAUCUACAACAGAAUAUCCCUGAGGAGGCAAUGCCUGAAGUGCAGGAUGUGAACCAGCAUUCCUGUGCAGGCACUGGGAGCCUGGUGCUACCCUAAGGUGAGCUGUCUGAGGAAAAAUAGCAUUUGCUGACUUGGAUAAAUGAAUAAAAGCUGAGAUGCC